CUUGCAGCAGCCGCGCAACCAUCAAUUGACCAAAGGCCGCCUCGAGCACGAGACGCGCGACUCGACCACGGACUGCGAUGACACUCCAUCAGUGACGUGCAUUCCGUUCCAUUCGCAAGACACCCCCGCACGCCCGUCGCAUGCGAUGGCGGCCAGGUCCAACUUCAAGCGCGCGGUGCCCGCGGGGCAGCAGAACGUCCUCAGCUCGCUGCGCACCACGCAGCUGGUCGCCGACUCAAAGGCCGUCUUGCCGGCGGAGCUCAUCAACACGAUCCUCGACUACCUGCCCGUCGCCGACAUGUUCCGGUUCGCGCAGACGUCGCGGCGCAUGCAGGAGAUGGUCUACGACGACACGCGCUGGAUACAGCGCCUCAAGAGCAUGGGCUGCUGGAACGAGCCUGAAGCGCGCCAGCGGUUCGACGAAGCCAUGCGCAGGAAGGCCGACGCGCAGAAGGCCAGCGAGGCCCGCCGACCGGGCUUGCCGCCACAAGCCGCAGUAGACAGCCCAUCCGGAGGAGGCGUGCACCGCAAGGUCAGCACUACGCUCUUCGAUGCCGGCCUGGAAGAGGAACUGCAGCGCAAGUCGCUCGAACAAAGAGUGCGCCCCCGGGCGAGCACGCUAGACAAAGGCUUCGAUGACACGACACUGUCGCCAGGCGGUGCGUCCCAGCCCGCCCCAGCAUACACGACGGAACCAAGCCUGGCUCUGAAGGUGCUCUCUCGCGUGCGCUCGACAAGAGGUAUGGCACGGCACGAGUAUGGCAAAGUCUACGGCGCGCUGGCACCGUACUACUUUGACCUCGCAAGGUCAAAAAGCCACUCUGACCCGGUGCUCUUUCGCACGUAUCGGGAUCCUGAGCAGCAAGCUCACAUGCUAGCACAACUCAAGGUCUUCGCCAAGAGCGAUUUUGCACAAGGCUGGAACCGGCGCGAAGAGAAAUUAGACACAAUGAUGGGCAUCUUCGAAAAUGCUGUUCUGCGAGAAUUUGAGCAAGGAUCCGAAGCGCGCGAUUUUGAUGGUCGCAUGAAGAAAUAUGCACAGGUCCUGGUCGCAUUGAACGGGGGCACGGCUGGCAUCGAUUCCUUCAUUCACAACCACCCUAUCAUGCUGGACAAAGAAAAGCUCGGGAAUCCUGCCGAUUGUCUACGGCUCGCUGGGCCCGGCCAAAUCUCUCUCCAACCCUCACACGACUUUUUCAGAGGCCUUGCUAUCGCUUUGAAUGAAGAAGCUGCCAUUAUCGAUCGGGUGUUCCCAGCGUCGGUAGACGUCUUUGAGCCCUUCUUAGAGCGCAUUGUAGAAGACGUGGUCGCCGAAUAUGUCACGUCGUUGUUUGAUGAGGCUCACGACGUCAGCGUUGAAAUUUACCUUAAAGCUGUGGCCGGGGUCUUCGACCAGGCGCUCCAGUUAGCCAUGUCUCUUACGGCCACGAAAGGAUCAAAGUCCGACUUCUCGGACAACGUUAUGCUCAUGAUAUCUCGGUGUUUCGAGCAACAUGUGGAUCUGUAUUUGCAAGAAGAGUUGGACUUUUUCAAACGCCAAUCAGAAGCAGAGGUAGAAGCUUGGGAAAAGCGGUUGACGGAAGAGGAACAGACUGCAGAGUCUUUUCUCAUGUCGAAUGUCAGCCGCCAAGCCGCGAAACGCGAUUUUUUAACAUCAUUCAAGAAGGUAGUGAUGGCGCCUGUCAACGUUCUCCCCACAUUCGGCAGCUCUGGGGCCCCCAAACCUGCAACCAAUGCCGUUGCCGUCAAUGGUCAAACCCUUGAUCCGGCGUCGGGAUCGACGACCCCGAAUCCGGAACGCUCCGCGUCACCUCGUCCUGAAGCACCGACUUCUGAACUGGCAGCAAAAGCUGCUAUCAUGAAUUCGAGACUGGAGGGUAUUCGUAGUCUGUUUAGCAUCGAGGUUGCGCUAAACUUGACGCAUACAGCGAAAGCGAGCUUGGAGAGAGCUGCACGGUUUGUGCGACUUGGUGGGCAGUCAGGUGAAGAAGCGAAGGAACAGUGCGAGAGCAUAUUUAUCAAGAUGCUGCAGAUCCUAGGCGGACGGCACAUGAAGCCAGGAUUUGACAAAGCUGUCAGCCAUCUGUCCGACUAUAAGCCCCGGGAAGUUGUGGAUCACAGCAAAGAAGGAGUAGCGCCUCUCGUUGCUUUCCUCGAGCUUGUCAACGUUGGGGAUCUGAUCCAGCAAAUGAUUGACGUUUUUUACUUGCAAGAACUUGUUGCUGCGAAGCUUACGGAUCAAGACGACUUCUUGAGUGCCGCCUGCAAGGAAAAGAAGAGAUUUGAACAAAUGCUUGACGAGCGGGUCGCUGCAGGGCUUAAUAAGGGCAUCGAUGUCCUCAUGGACGAGGUGGAGUAUCUCUGUGGCACCACGCAAUUACCGACCGAUUUCAAUCCUCCUGUGGGACCCAACGGAUCAGUGCAGGUGCUCGACAUUGGUCCUAGCUAUACGGCCAGGAAGAUAGUCGAGGUUGUGUCGUCGCACACCAACAUGCUGGUUGGCAGCACGGACAAGACAGUGCUGGAUGUCUUCAACCAGGAGGUUGGGUUGCGCCUGUUCACUGCCCUGUGCAAGCACCUGAAGCGGCAGAGGGUCAGUGUGGACGGCGCAAUCAAGCUUAUUAGCGACAUGAAUGCAUACAAUACGUACAUUGUCUCGCUUCGGAACAAGUCCAUCACACAGUACUUUGCUGCGCUCAGAGAACUCUCGCAGAUCUACCUAAUUGAUCCCAACCAUGCAAAGGAGAUUGCGACAAUUAUUGCGGACACGGACCGAUACCACGGGAUAUUCAGGGCCGAGGAAGUGUACGAGUAUGCGGAGCGCAGGGCUGACUGGUACCAAAUCAAGGGCGCUGUGGAGAAGCAGAUGUACGGCGUUGGCUGCUUGGCUAUGUAGACGGUACUUGAAUACACGGGGCUGUAGGCCCAUCCAUGUGCGUGC